AUGGGGUUUAUUAGGGAAUUAACAGGUUACAAUUCAGGUUCAGGAACUUUCAGCAUACAGUUUUUCCACCAGGAUAGCCACUUCUCACCUGUGCCCGCAGGCAAGCCUCUCCUUGGCCCUCAGCCUCUGCCCGGUUUCGACAAGUGUUACAAAGCUCUUUUAGGUCUGCCAGGUCUGUUGACAUUCAGGGAUGUGGCUAUCGAAUUCUCUCAGGAGGAAUGGGAAUGCCUGAGCCCUGCUCAGAGGGCCUUGUACAGGGAUGUGAUGUUGGAGAACUACAGGAACCUGGUGUCCAUGGGAAUCUCUCCUUUUGAGAUGAAUAUUAUCUCCCUUUUGAAGAAAGGGACAGAACUUUGGAUGGUAGAGAAGAAGAUGAAACUAGCAAAUAACACAGAUAUCAUUUCUACCUGUGUGAUCAAGGAAUUAUCAAAAGAGAUCAGUAAGAAGGGAGAAUUAUUCCAGAAAGUGGUGUUGGAAAGAAAUGAAAGUCAUGGCAUUGAGGAUUUUCGCUUCAGGCAAGUCAGGGAAAAUGUAUGUGAGUUUGAAAGUCAGUGGGGAGAAGAUGGAAGAAAUAACAAAGGAGUUACUGAGGCCCAUAACAAAAAUUUCACUGGUAGAAGAGAUCAGCAUGUUAACAAAGAUACAGGAAACAAGUUUAUGACAUGUUUUAAAAAUACAAUUGAAUGCUUUCAGUCCCAUGUGGCUGAAAUGCAGAAAUUGCACACUGAAGAGAAAAUUUAUGACUGUCAUCAAGUGGAGCCGUCAGUCAGCAAUGGAUCUUCAAUUCCAUCCCUUCAAAGAUUUCCUCCUAGUGUCCAAAGCAACAUUUCUAAUGAAUGUGGGGAGGUUUUCUCGCAUCCUACGUUGUUUACACAACACCAGGAAACCCACAGCAGGGAAGAACCUUACGAAUGUGGGAAGUCAGUCAGCCAGAGGUCAAUGUAUACUAAUCAUCAGAGCAGUUACUGUGUACAGAGACCUUACGAAGGUAACGAGGGUGUCAGAACCAUUGAUUGUGGCUCAAACCUCACUAAAGAUCACAGGAUCCAUGCCAGAGAGAAACCAUGUAAAUGUAAUGUGUGUGGCAAGGUAUUUAGUCUACGAUUAAGCCUUAGAGCCCAUCAGAGAUUCCAUACUAGAAAGAUCCUUUACAAAUGUAAUGAAUGUGGUAAGGAAUUUAUGAGACGUCCAAACCUGUGGGGUCAUAAGAGAAUUCAUAGUGGAGGGAAACCUUACAAAUGUAAUGAGUGUGGAAAAACUUUUAACCGUGAUUCACACCUCAUUACACAUCAGAGAAUCCAUAAUGGAAAGAAACCAUAUAGAUGUAAUAUAUGUGGCAAGGUGUUUAGCCAAUGUUCAGGCCUUAAACGUCACCAGACAUUUCAUAGUAGAGAGAAACCUUACCAAUGUAAUGAAUGUGGUAAGGCAUUUACCCGAAAACUAAUUCUAGUUCAACAUCAGCAAAUUCACAGUGUAAAGAAACCAUACCAAUGCAAUAUAUGUUGUAAGACUUUUAGUCGAAGAUCAAUUCUUAUUAAUCAUCAGAGAAUUCAUUUUGGUCAGAGACCUCACAAAUGUCAUCAGUGUGGCAAAACCUUUAACUGGAGCUCAAGCCUCAGUAAACAUCAGAGACUCCAUCCUAGGGGGAAACCAUAUAAAUGUAAUAUAUGUAGCAAGAUCUUUAGUCGAUGUUCAGGCCUUAAACGUCACCAGACAAUUCAUAGUAGGGAGGAACCUUACCAGUGUAAUGAAUGUGGUAAGACAUUUACCCGAAAAUUAGUUCUAGUUCAGCAUCAGAAAAUUCACAGUGUAAAGAAACCAAACCAAUGCAAUAUAUGUUGUAAGGCUUUUAGCCGAAGGUCAAUCCUUAUUAAUCAUCAGAGAAUUCAUUUUGGUCAGAGACCUCACAAAUGUCAUCAAUGUGGCAAAACCUUUAACUGGAGCUCAAGCCUCAGUAAACAUCAGAGACUCCAUCCUAGGGGGAAACUGUAUAAAUGUAAUAUAUGUAGCAAGACCUUUAGUCAGUGUUCAGGCCUUAAACGUCACCAGACAAUUCAUAGUAGAGAGAAACUUUACCAAUGUAAUGAAUGUGGUAAGGGUUUUACCCGAAAAUCAGAUCUUUGGAAACACCAACAAAUUCACAGUGGAGAGAAACCUUACCAGUGUAAUGAAUGCAGUAAGGCAUUUAUCCGAAAACUAAGUCUACUUGAACAUCAGCGAAUUCAUAGUGGAGAGAAACCUCACAAAUGUACUGAAUGCGAUAAGGCUUUUUCCAAAAGAUCAAAUCUUGUGCGACAUCAGCGAGUUCAUAGUGGAGAGAAACCUUAUAAAUGUACUGAAUGUGGUAAGGCUCUUACUCGAAAAUCAAGUCUUUUGGAACAUCAACAAAUUCAUAGUAGAGAAAAACAUUUCAAAUGUAUUGAGUGUGGUAAGGCUUUUUCCAGAAGAUCAAAACUUGUGAAACAUCAGCAAAUUCAUAGUGGAGAGAAAUUGUACAAAUAAUGAAUGUGGUAAGGCUUUUACCCCAAAACCAGGUCUUUUGGAACAUCAACCAAUUCAUAAUGGAGAGAAACUUUACAAAUGUAAUGAAUGUGGUAAGUCUUUUUUCCACAGAUAAACCUUUUGGGAUCAUAAGAAAAUUCAUACUGGAGGGAAGCCUUAAAAAUGUAAUGAGUCCAGAGAGGCUUUUAGCAGUCAGUCAAUCCUUCAGGGUCAUGAGA